UCAUGGCUCAGAGAGCUGAGAGCAUUCUUAGGAUAAGAAUUAUUACCUGGCCCCAUGGAAACCUGUCAACAAAACAAGCUGUCCAAAUUUUACACAAGUACUCCGACUGGCGCUGACCCUGAAGGACUGAACCUGAGCACAAACCUGUACCUGGUUCUACUAAACCCCGCUCAGUGUCAUUUCUCUUUGGACCAGUUUCACUGCUUUGCUAAAAGUAAGAACAGAAAACUUCCACAAAUCAGAAAUAUAUCUUUUUGUAAAACGUUUUGCCAAAUGAUCCGUAAUAAAGUCAUGGUUGAUAAGAAGUUUGAGGUGCUGCUGCCUUCUGUGCUGAAAGAUGAAGAGGAGGAACUGCAGCUGAGGGAGCGAACACUGAGCCAGACAGAGGAUGAUGUGCGUGGGCCAAAAGACCAACACUCCAGGCAGAGCGCUGAGGCCGGGGGCCAAAACAAGACUAAAGAGGAGAAAAAAGGAUGGGAACGUCAAAACAAGGAGUCUGAUGAGGACAGCGACACAGAUUUGGAGCUCGGAGAUCAGGAAGAAACAGAAGCUCUGAGGGGUAAGGUGAUCUACAUGAAGGCUUGUGAGAAGCUACAGGUGGCGCCGGUCUCUCGUUUCCUGAAAAACAUGCACACUAGUGAGCUGGCCCUGAUGCAUUAUGGACUUGGGCCUAAGGGCACCAAAGCACUGGCAGUUCCCCUGACAACCAACACUUCCAUACGGCGGCUGAACCUGCGAGAUAAUUGGAUGGGAGAAAUGGGUGGAGCUUCCAUCGCCAAGAUGUUAGAGGCGAAUCGUUGCAUUACAGCAGUGGACCUGUCUGACAACAAUCUCAGGGAUUUGGGUGCCAGAGCUAUAUCUAACAUGCUGAAAGGAAACAACACCCUGGUGAGCCUGCAGCUGUCAGGAAACCAUUUCACAGACCAGUCUGCCGAAUAUCUGGGCCCGGCACUUAUUUCCAACACCACGCUGCAGCACCUCGACUUGAGCUACAACGCUCUGGGACAGCGAGCAGGGCAAACCCUGGGCUUUUCUGUGUCAGAGAACACGGGGCUCAGAUCGCUGAGUCUUGCCUGGAAUUGCAUUCCGGAGAGAGGAUUGGUGAUGUUGGCCAAUGGUCUCAGGGAGAACAUUUCCCUCCGCUCAGUGGAUCUGUCAUAUAAUGACUUUGGUGAGGAAGGAGCCGCUGCUUUAGGACAAGCUCUCAAAGAAAACAACAUUUUAGAAGAGCUGAAUGUGAGCAACAACCGGAUACCCCCUGGGGGAGCCAUCCACCUCGCCGGGGGUCUCAGAGUAAACAAGACAAUCAAAUUUCUGAAUAUCGGAAGGAAUCCCAUCCAGACUGCCGGCUGCUUGAAGAUCCUCCAGUCUCUUCAAGAAAACCCAGAUUCAUCAUUAGAAACUUUGGACUUUUCAGACAUCGCAGUCAACCAGGAGUUUGAAGAUUUGUAUGCAGCAGUGAAAGAAACCUUCUCUGCGCUCAGAGUGAAACAUGGAGGCACAUUUGGCCCACUCAGAAAAGCCAAAUCCUGAAAAGCGUUACUGUAACUGCUGCACUUACAUGAGCUUGAAUGCUUGUGAAAGCCUUUUUUUAAUUGACAAAAUGAAUCAACGAAUGGAAACUUUUAGAAUAUUAUCAAGAAACUAUAAAAAUAUAAAUAAAAAGUACUAAUUAAAACCCA